AUGCAGUCCCCAGAUAGAACUGCAUCUACUUCCAGUACUGUGCCAUCUCCGUUUUUUACGCCAACAUCGGAAACGUCCUCUCAACAGCGCGACGAGUAUAAUAAUCAGAACCGCUUAAAUCAGUCCAAUAUGCCUGAGAAUCCAGUGACAGACCAUCAGGAGGAGCAAGAGCAGCCUCAGCAGCAUCAAGCAGAGCCUCAAGAAGAAAACACUCCUUCAGAAACUACUACUUCUUCUACAGUAGCUGUUGCCUCUCCCGGAACGUCUACGACUGGCAAGUCACUAGAGCCUGCAGCAACAACUUCUAAGGAGGAGGUUGCCAAGGUUUCAGAAGCAAAAGCUAGCAAAAAAUCCAAAUGCAAAUCUCACAAGCAUCAUUCAGCAACGAAGAAAGCUCCUAGCAAGAAGAACAAGAAAAAGAAGCAUUUCAAGGUCGAAUCCUCAUCUGAGGAGGAGGAAACUUCAUCUUCAGAGUCAGAGACAUCUGAUUCAACCGAAUCGGAAGAGUCAGAGUCAGAAGAUUCAGAUUCCGAAUAUAGUGAGACCGAGAGCGAACCAGAAAGGCAUAGACGAAGACGCAACAAAGCCAAGAAGGCAAAGAAGUUGAAGAAGAAGAGUAGACGCCAUCGCCGUGGCGAAGAGUCCUCCGAUUCCGACUCUACCUCGAGCAGCGACGAGGAUGCUUUGGCGGACCAAAAAGCCCUGAAAGAAAAGAUAGCAAGGAUGGCGAAGAAACAACGGAAGGCAAAGAAGAUGGCUAAGAGAUACCUCUCCGACGAAGAUGAUGAAGAAGAUGUACCUGAGCCGGAUCCAGUCAGAUUACGAAGGCAGCUGGCUAACCUUCGACUGUUGCAGGGAGGGAAUCGUCGACGACUGAAGAUUAAGGAAAGCAAAGGGGAAAAGGGUAAGAGGGGGAAGAGCAAGAGGGCAUCGAAAGUUGCAUUCAAGCGAGUCGAUGAAUUAUGGGACAGCACGAUUCAUAACUUCAAAUUGCGAGAAACCCUUGACGAUCCCGACGCUGACGAAUUCGAUCAAUACAUCUUCAAUGUCCGCCGAAAGUUUGACUGGGAGAAUAAGUAUGUGGACACUUGGGUUGAUGUCAAGAGCAAGCUCCUGAGGGAAGCUCUGGCCACGGUCAUGGACGGGGUCAAGGGAGUGAGCUUGGUAGCAGAGACUCCAGUCAUUGACCCGAACAUGCUCUUCUUGUAUCUCGAAGAAACUCGAGAUCACAUGAAGGCGCUCAAAAAGGUUGUCAAGACUGAGAAGAAGAAGAAAGCUCGGAAAAUGGCUGCUCUCAAAGUUGCUCAUCUCAAAGUCUUGAUCAAGUACCUUGACACCGACUAUGCCGAAACCAAGAAGACGCUUUAUCCGCUACUGGAGUCCAACAUGAUCACAUUUGAUCUACUCUGGGCAUUGUUCAAGCCUAAUACUAUUGCCUACACUACGACAUAUGGACAUACAGACGAGCCUCGAGCCUUCAAAAUUGAAUAUGCCACCAAGGAGUCAUCUUUCAUGAAGGGAUCGUGGUAUAUGGUCGAGGGUAAGUAUCUUGAAUACGAUGGCAAAACAUUUGGUAUGGGUUCUAUGGUUGCAGACGUCGAGUCCUUCAAAGGGGCUCGCAAAAUCACUAGUCUGGCUUGCUAUCCUCUCAAGUAUCACCGCGAAUCCGAAGCCCUCAAAACGAAGCUCAUUGAACGUGGCAAGCACUUUGUCGCUUUGCGUGGCAUGAACUACCGUUUCCACAAGGGCAUGGCCUUCUUCAAGAAGAAGCGCUCCGUUAUCAAGGUCAACAUCAAUGGACGUGUGAUGAUUGAUCCUGCUCUUCAUCGCCGCAUUAAUCCGAACUACCCAAUCAGUACAGUGAGACCCAAAGACCCAGACGUACUGGAGUCGGAGUCGGGCGAAGACAGUGAUGAAUGCGGCUGUGGAGGAUCAUCGUCUGGUGCAGAUCACUGCGGGGAUUUAAGCCACGAUUCCGAACCCCCGCGCCCAGUGUAUAAAAUCAUGCGAGACAAGAAGGGCAAAGCUCAUGUUGUUCAGGUCGAGUAUGACGAGAAUGGCAAUGAGAUCGGUAAAAAGGAAGACUUGGAGUUGCUUGACGCCGACAAUGACGAGAAAAACGGCGAAUCAUCGCCAGAGUUUACAGAAGAAGAGCUGUUGAUUGCUAGUCCUGUUGUGCUAGGAUUUGCAUUUAGCGAGAAGCUAUGGCUCGAAUUCAGUGUCUCCGGCGUGAACGAGAUUGAAUGGAACGAUGGGGCAUUUGAUUCUCUAGUGCUUCCUGACAACCAGAAAUCAAUUGUCAAAGCUCUUGUGGAAUCCCACACUUUCAAUGCGGCGCAAAAUAUCGACGAUGUCAUCCAAGGCAAGGGCAAAGGUCUCGUGGCAGUAUUACACGGUCCUCCCGGAACAGGCAAGACCUUGACAGCAGAGGGUAUAGCCGAGCUCCUGAAACGACCUCUCUACAUGGUCAGUGCUGGCGAACUGGGCACAGAUUCACGCAGCUUGGAGGGAGAGCUAAAUAAAAUCCUCGACAUUGCACAUUCCUGGGGCGCCGUCUUGUUGCUCGACGAAGCAGACGUCUUCCUUGAAAAACGUACAAUCCAAGACAUCCACCGCAACGCCCUGGUUAGCAUUUUCCUCCGUCUUCUUGAAUACUUCCAGGGUAUUCUGUUCUUAACCACCAACCGCGUCGAGACCUUUGACGACGCCUUCCAAUCCCGUAUCCACAUCGCAUUACGGUACGGCGACCUGACCACCAAAGCGAAACGGAGUGUAUGGAAAAUGUUCCUGGAGAAAGUCAAAUUGAUUGACGGCGUUGAGACGGAGACGUUUACCGAUAAAGAUUUCGAUAUCCUUGCGCGUCACAAUCUCAACGGACGACAGAUCAAAAACUCCGUCCGAACCGCCCAAGCCCUCGCCGUCAACGAGAAACUCCCUCUCUCAAUGUCACACAUCAAGCGCGUCCUCGACGUCGCCGAAACAUUCGAUCACGACCUUAAGGGUGGAACGGGAUAUAUGGAUGCCAUGCGUAGUUAUACCUGA